GUCAGCUUCUAUAAAUUGAGUUUUUUGAAGGCAUUGUUAACAAAAUAAAUAAACUAGGAACAUUCCUGGCUAAUCUAGGGUUUUGAAAAAACAAAUCGAUUGAAGAUGUCACUUGCCAAGGCUAAGGAAAUCGUUUCUGGCAAUCCAGUUGUGGUCUUCAGCAAGACGUACUGUCCCUUCUGCGUUAGCGUCAAGGAUUUGUUGUCUAAGCUUGGUUCAUCUUUCAAGGCUGUUGAGUUAGAUUCUGAAAAGGAUGGAAGUGAGAUCCAGGCAGCAUUGGCUGAGUGGACUGGUCAGCGAACUGUGCCAAACGUCUUCAUCGGCGGGAAGCACAUUGGUGGCUGUGACGCCACAACUGCCUUGCACAGGGAUGGGAAGCUUGUUCCUCUGCUAACUGAGGCUGGAGCACUUGCUAAAACUGCUACAGCUUAGAGGAUAAGAUAAUCGGUUGUUUAAUGAAUCAAUCUCGGGAACUUAUCUCCCAUAAAUAAAGUAAUUGAUGUUUUCUGUAGUUGAGUGGUUAUGUGAAUGAUGUUUGAUGCUUCAAAGAAAGUUGAACGAGUAAUAGUGCAUAAGAAAAUUUCCCUUGAA